AUCAGCUCAUGAGCUUGUGUGUGGGUCAUCAGUCAUGGAAGGCCAGCAGCAGAAUUCCAGGUCUAGAGUUGUGAAGGUGAACUCAGAGCAGUCGUGGAACACCUUCAUCAGCCAAGCCAAGGACCAAGGCUGCCCUGUUUUCAUCCACUUCGGCGCUUCAUGGUGUGUUCCAUCCCUCGCCAUGAACGCGUUCUUCGAGGAGCUGUCCAUAGCUUAUCCGGACAUCCUCUUCCUCUCGGUGGACGUUGAUGAAGCCACGGAGGUGGCUUCUAAGAUGGGGGUGAAGGCAAUGCCAACCUUCGUUCUGAUGGGAGAUGAUGGCGCAGUGAUAGACAAGGCUGUCGGGGCCAAUCCGGAAGAGAUCAGGAAAAGGGUGGAUGGCUUUGUCCAAUCAUUCCGCAGCUCAAAAAUUCUCGAGUGAAACCAAA